AUGGCGAUAGAACAACAAAUCUAUCAGAGAGAUAAAGAAAUAGGAGUAAGAUACACUGGUUUCGUUGCAACUCUUGGAAAUAUGCAAGUCAUGAAAAAUGCCGUUAAGGAAAUAGAGAGAAUGGAAGGAGAUGAAAAUAACCUUAUUUGGAUACCAGCAGGGGAAGUGAGCGAGGGAAAUGGAGGAAAGAGAAUUCGAGAAUUCGGCAAAGCAAUAGCAUGCUUCUAUGCCCCAGUUGGUUACCCACAUAGUAGGCCUGUUCAUAUAUGUAUAGGCGUUCCUGAUACAUAUUCUUUUCCUUUAAAAGAUACGUUUUCAAGCCUACGUAUUAAGCAUUCAUCAUGGAACAACCAACAGAAUCAUCGCAACUUUUCGAUCGAUCAUCCAUUCUCCCCUUUGAGAAGAGGCUCUUAUGUACCAAAGGCAUCAAAAGAUAAAAGAUUCAACUUUCCAGCAUACCCUCCUAUGACAGAGAAGCCAAAAUGGUGGUGGAGGUCGUUAGCAUGUCUGCCAUAUUUACACAAUUUCUUGGAUCAACAAACUUGGCGCUAUGCUCACCCUUCUAAUAAUCCCUCACCAUUCCUCAAAAACUUCAACGAACUUGCAUUGCCAUUGCUAAGGUCCAUGGACAAGCUUCCACAGUUAUUCGAAAUCUUUUACCCUAUAUUGCUUUACUUCUGGAUAGUAAGGCGGAAAGAGUGGCCUCAUUUCUACAGAUUCCAUAUCAUGAACGCAAUAUUAGUUGGAAGUUUGGCGCAGGUCAUUGGCUUAUCUAGUGGUUGGUUUCCCAAGAGAAUUUACCCUCCAAAUUUUUGGUGUUUUGCCACUUUCCUGUUUUUGGUUUUAGUGUCUGAGUGCAUUAGGUGUGCUCUUUGUGGCGAAUAUCCCAAUAUCCCUUUUGUCAAAGAUGCUGCUCUCAUCCAUUCGGAUCUCAAAAUAAGAUGAUUGAUUCCAAAUUUCUCGUAGGCGUCAAAUAAAUCACGAGACGAUGAUUGCAACUUGUGAGCAACAAACAUUAAGAUGAAAUUGUUAUCCUGGGCAGUCUUAAGUGGUCCUUUG